AUGCUUCGUUUUCGUUUUUUUCUGUCGGACCUAUUUAAUCAGUUAAAAGCUGGCCAUGAUUUAUUACUUCAGCAAGCGUUAGAUUCCCCUACACUUCUUUUGUAUCGUGGACAAAGAAUGCCAAAUCAUGAACUAUGGAAUUUAAAGACAAAUUGUGGACAAAUUAUAUCCAUAAACACAUUUUUGUCAACAACUAAAGAUAAAGAUGUAGCACUGAUGUUUGCCGGUGAAAACAAUCAUUCGAAUGAUGGGUAUCAGCACGUUUUAUUUACAAUUGAAAUAGAUGUCCAUUCAACCGAUAAAUCGUUUGCUGAACUAACAGACAGAAGUGCGUUUAAAGAUGAAGAAGAAAUCUUACUAAUGUGUGGAACAAUAUUCAAAGUUACUGAAGUGCAUUACAGUUACGAACUGCGUGUUUGGAUUGUUAAUAUGACGAAAGUCGACAGUAAAAACAGCUAUGAUGUAAAAUACAGUUCUCAGCGCAUUGAAAAGUUGUUGGGUGAAAGUAAACCAGAUGUAUUUGAGUUAGACAGCAUUAUGGACAAGCCAAACGAUCGGCUUUCCGCUUGUUAUUCUAAGACGAUGCUAUACUAUAGAAUGCUGGGUAGCGAACUGGCCCAGUUUGACCAGGCUUACCAAAUGAAAUUUCAUUUCGCAAUGGGCGAAUUUACUUACAGGAUUUUUCAGUACGAUCUAUGCAUCAUUUGUUAUACAAAGCUAAAAAAUUGGAUGGAAAAAGUCUGUAUAAAGCAACAGACACCGGAAUUCAUCUCAGCCUUACGCGCUCUUUAUGAAAAACUUGGCCAUGCAUACUGGCAGAUAAAGGAGGUUGAAAAAUCUGCCGAUUAUUAUGUGUAGCUAGCU